GUAAAUCAUCCUAUAAAUGGAAAUUUUCAUUAUCAUAAUAACAUUGAGUCAGUUUACGCGUGGCAUUGGAGCGAAUGAGGUGUGUUAUCCGUGUUAAUAAUGUGGAAAUAACGAGACGAAAUCGUUCAUUCAGUUCAUUCUGGAUUGCAUUUUAGACUGAUCCAGUUAAGCGAGUCGAGAUGGACUUGUUCAAGUAUUUCGUCGUAUGCUGCUAUUUUCUCGGCAGGGGCUUUGAUUAUGUACAUACAGCUUGCACACUAUGUUUAAAUACGGAUUUUGGGACUCCAUCACCUGUAUAUCUCCAAAAUGGCGAAUUCCUAGUCCCUAACAAGACCAGUAGCGACAUCUAUUUAAAAAGGUCUGAAACUUUAUUGAUCGCUUGCCCGGGUGACAAGAGGCAUGUGGUUUUGGCCAAUAAUAGCGCGCAUUCAAAUGUUGUGGAAGCCCACUGCAUAAAUAAUGACACGUUUCGCGUAGACAGAUGGAUAGGACAUUUUAAGGAUAUCAGGUGUAACAACCAACCAUGGUUCACGACUGAGGAAACUGGAGAGAGCUGUUACCAGGGCGGCAGGGUGUAUAGGGUCGGCUACCAGAUACAGAAAAGGUUCCACACCCUCUACGAAGCGUGUUUCGACCAAGCCAACGCACACACCCACUAUGUAAAACACCACUUAUCACCUGGAGCCAUGAUUACACAAAACGGAACGAGGCCACAAUUCAUAGAAGGGAAUCUCUUCGGAAAAGUACGCAUGGCAGAGUUGUAUAAAGUGAAGAAUCAAAAGGAGCAACUCGACGACAUCUUAGGCAGCGGGAUGGCAGAUAAUUAUCUCACGAAGAAAGAAUUUUUAACUCGUGGUCACCUCGCCGCGCGCGCCGACUUCAAUUUACGAGCGGAGCAGAGAGCAUCAUUCCACUACAUCAACACGGCUCCACAGUGGUUCAGGGGAAACGCUGGUGAUUGGGCUGCCCUGGAGGAUGCAGUCCGUCGCCGCGUCGAUGCCCAAGAUAGCGGACUAUUGAUAUACACGGGGACACAUGGCGUGCUGACACUUUUAGAUUCAGGAGGCAACUUUAGGGACAUCUACCUUACUGCUGACGAGAAUAAUAACCCUAUUGUGCCGGUGCCGAUGUACUAUUACAAGUUGGUAUACGACCCGAAGAAAAGGACAGCUGCAGCGUUCGUCUCUAUAAACUCUUCAUUCUUCAACAAGACCAUAACGACUCGUCUAACCUUCUGUGAUGCUGAAUGCAGUCGACAUAAUUGGCUGAAGUGGAGGUCCAACGACGGCACUUUUAGUUUUUGCUGCGAUUACGAUGAUUUUGUUGACAAAAUUUCUUAUUUACCCAAAUUGGAUGUUAGAGGAAUAUUUUAUUGAAUACCUACUUUUUUAAAAAUACGUAUUAAGUUAUACGAAUAUAUUUUGUUUACAUUGUUA